CAGCCUCCCCAAUCGCCUCCAUCUCAAGUAUCGUUCUCAACUCUGAACUUUAACUCUCUCUCUCUCUCUCUGCAACUGCAAACUUCAAAAUCGACAAGAAUCAGAAGUUCAAAACCCAUAUAUUUCAGUUUAUCUAUCUGUCUGCAAGAAUCAAAAAUUCAAAUCCUAUUACCGGCAUAUCAUUUCAGAUUGCUCAAAACCCAUAUAUUUCAGAUUGUUCCAAAAAUCAAAACCCAUAUCGGCAUAUCAUUUCAGAUUGUUCCAAAAAUCAAAACCCAUAUCUUUCAGUUUCCGUCGCCCGCUGUUGUUCCAGUUCGGGUUCGCCGUUCGCAAGCUUCAGCCGCUGUCUCUCAACUCUCAAGCAAGCUCCCCCCCUCUGCAACUGCUAACUUAAAAAACUCCUUUGAGCGGACGAUAAUAUACAGGGACAGAGAGAGAGUUUACCACGAGACAGUUCCACGUGAUACAAUUUUCCCAUUGGAUGCUCACUAGGCUGACGGGACAGUAGAGGAGUACACAACCGCGAAAAGGGAAUUACUCCACGCCCUCAAUUUUUUAUAAAGCAUAUAGUGUUCGACGAAAUGUCUGUGUGAAACUGCCAAACCAUUAACAAACCAAUUUAUUUUUUGAAACAGAGAGAGAGGCAGAGAUGUGGAGGCGUCUGACUUCAUUGUCACAACAGAUUUCUUCAUCCAAAUCGUCCCCUCUUAACCAGACAUUCUAUGGAUUGAAUAUUGGAAAAGUAUACAGUACAGAAAUACUGAAACCGGCAAAAGGUGUAGUCUCCCCUAAAGAGAGAACCCCAUAUAUAACUUUUGUCUUGGGAGGCCCCGGCAGUGGCAAGGGUACACAAUGUGCAAAGCUUGUUGAGAAUUUUGGUUUUACACAUUUAAGUGCUGGAGAUCUUUUAAGGAAGGAGAUAUCUUCUAACAGUGAGAAUGGCACCAUGAUUCUCAACACGAUAAAAGAUGGAAAAAUUGUUCCUUCAGAAGUGACGGUCAAACUGAUCCAAAGGGCAAUUGAAUCAAGUAAAAAUGAUAAAUUCCUCAUUGAUGGUUUUCCACGAAGUGAAGAGAACCGCAUUAAAUAUGAAAGUAUUAUAGGAGCAGAACCAAACAAUGUGCUUUUCUUUGAUUGCCCUGAAGAGGAGAUGGUGAAACGAGUGCUAAGUCGUAAUCAGGGGCGAGUGGAUGAUAAUAUUGAGACAAUCAAGAAACGUCUCAAAGUGUUUACAACUUUGAAUGUUCCUGUUAUCAACUACUACUCUGCGAAAGGGAAGCUUUAUACGAUCAAUGCUGUGGGAACAACAGAUGAGAUUUUUGAACAAGUUCGCCCAAUUUUUGCUUCAUAUGAGCCUAUGAGGGGGUGAUUAUUUGAAAUUAAGCUCAAUGAGUUGAGGAUAAGAAAAAGGCUCUGUAGUAUUCGGGUUCUGGCUUGCAAUAUCAUGCUACUCAUGUUGGUUUCUGCAAUGCUGAUUAUAGGUUAAUCAGUUUUUCCUCAAGAAAUCCAACGAUGCAUGAAAUCACCUACUAGUCUAUUGUGUAACAGAUUUUAUAUUUUUUAAACCCCCAUCUUUUUCCCAUUCUGCAUUAACAGUUGACGGUCAAUGUAUGUAACCUAAGUUGUAAUGAAAAUCAUGCCUCACUUGGCUCCAUUGCCUAUCUGUAAAGCCUUAAAAAAAAAGGCAAAAAUACUAUUUGAUAUUUUCACCAAUAGUACCUAGGUGUAAUCUCCUUACAACAUGCAUACGAGGGAACAUUUCCAGAGGCUAUGUUCAGACAUUAGAUGCCAUUGAGAAAGAAAUUUGAUUUCAUUUCA